AUGGCCUUCAAGAUGGCGACCACUCCACACAUCGUCGCCCCCACAGCCCCCCACACCCACACCAUCAUCUUCCUCCACGGCCGCGGCAGCGACGCCAAAACCUUCUGCUCGGAGCUCUUCGAAAGCGAAGACACUUCCGUGCGAAAAUUCACCGACAUCUUCCCCAGUAUAAAAUGGGUCUUCCCCAACGCACCACCAUCCUGCGCAGUUACCGAGCGAGAAGUAAUACCACAAUGGUUCGACAUGAAAUCCGUGCAACGGCCCGAUCAAGACGCCGAGUCGCAGAAAGAAGAGCUAUGGCAGAGCGUCGCGCAGAUUCUAGAAGUUCUUGAAGAAGAGAUGAAGCCCGUGGGAUUGCGCAAUCAUUGCAAGGACGACGAGGUUGUGCCUGUUAGGAAUGGGGAGAAGCUCAGGAAGAAACUUGGAGAGUGGGGUGGGGUUGUGGAUUGGAAUGUCUUUGAGGAUGGUGGGCAUUGGCUUAAUGAGCCUGGGGGUAUGGAUGGGUUGGUGGAGUUUAUUCAGGCGGUUAUGAGGGCAUCACCUUUCCCUAUACCCGUUAAAGAGGAAAAGAAAACAGAGGAGAAACCGAAGAGCAGAGAUUGGUAG